GUGGAAUUAUCGCACUGGUUCGCGCCAUUUCAUUCUUUUCCAGCACUGUGCACCAUCGGCGUCAGCGGCUUCUCUUGCAAAAUAAUUUCUUCACGUUUUAAUUGAAUUCCAGCAGAGAAAACUAAAUAAAUUCAACAUGUCGAUGUUUUGGGGAUUAGUAAUGAAGCCUAACCGCAAGUACACCCAGACGAUUGUAAAAUCGUUCCACAUUUCAAGUGCUGCUCUCGACAAGGGAGAGGAGGCCAAGCUGUAUUUGACGGCCGACAAGCAAAAAUACGUGGUCGCCACAAUCCGCAAAGAUAAUCCACAAGUAACGCUAGACUUGAACUUUAGCAAAGGCGACCAAAUCAUGUUCCAAACAACAGGCGACGCCACUGUUUCACUGCUGGGCUACUUGCAUGACGCUGAAUCGGAAGAUGAAGACGACGAGCAGUUUGAUUUGAAGACUUUGUUGCAGGGCAAGGGCAAGGCUGGCAAGAACGGCCAGGAGGAGGAGGAUGAAGAUGAAGAUGACGAAGACGACGAUGAUGAAGAUGUUGACGACAGUCAGAUUAUCGAAGAGUACGAGUCGUUGCUGGAAAAUGGCGAUGAAGAGGAAGAUGAUGAGGAGGAGGACGAGGAUGAUGAGAGUGAGGGCGAAGAAGACUCUGACGACUCUAUUGAAGAGGAUGAGCAGCCCAAGCCCAAGGUUGCCAAGCUCUCACCCAAGGCCAAUGAGAAGGCUGGAAAAGAUCAGAACGGUGUGGCCAAAAAACAGCAGGAGAAGCAGGCAAAGAAGGAAAAGCCCGAGACCAAGAAGGAGCAGCCCAAGCCCAAGGAGCAGGACAAAAAGCCUUCCGGCGGCGAGCGCUCCAUAGCCGGUGGUGUCAAAAUUCUUGACCUUACCGUCGGUAAGGGCGCAGAAGCCCAGAAGGGAAAACGUGCCACCGUAUAUUACAUUGGUCGCCUCCAGAGCAACAAUAAGACCUUUGACAGCAUGCUACAGGGCAAAGGUUUCCGAUUCCGCCUGGGCGGUGGUGAAGUAAUCAAGGGCUGGGACACUGGCGUCAUUGGCAUGAAGGUUGGCGGCAAGCGACGCAUCACUUGCCCCCCGCACAUGGCCUACGGUGCCCGUGGAGCUCCCCCAAAUAUUCCACCCAACUCGGUACUUGUCUUCGAAGUGGAGCUGAAGGGAGUGAACUAAAAAUAAACAUCAUAUUAGACUCUGUAAUGUAGCAUUUAAGGUAGUAUUCCACACCGUAAAACUUUUGAGCAUCAAUUA